AUGACAUCGAACCCAGUCCUCUCACCCAACCACCAAGCCGCCCAAGCAGCCCUCGCCGCCGCCGAAGCACGCUUCAUCGCCAACAACCCCCUCUCCAAAGCCCAGCAUGACCUCGCCAUCGGCACCCUCCCAGGCGGCAACACCCGCACCCUCCUCCACACCUCCCCCUUCCCCCUCGCCAUGAGGCAAGGCAAAGACUCCUACGUCUGGGACGUGCCACCACCGCGCACGAACACGCCUACGCCGCGCUCCUCUGCGCGCGCUUCCGCCUCGACCGCGUGCGCAUGGCCAACUCGGGCACCGAAGCCAACCUGCACGCGCUGGCGGGCGGCGCGCCACCACACGGGCCGGCGGCGGGUGGUGGUGUUUUCCGGGGGGUACCACGGCGCGGUGUUGGGGUUUGGGGAUGGGGUGCCGGGAGUCAACGCGGUCGAUCGGGAGGAUUUUGUGGUCGUGCCGCGGUAUAAUGAUUUGGUGUUGGCGAGGCGGGUGAUUGAGGGCGUGGAGGGGCUGGCGGCGGUGUUGGUGGAGGCGGUGCAGGGGGCGGGGGGGUGCAUUGUGGGGGGGAGGGAGUUUUUGAUGGGGGUGAGGGAGGCGGCGCGGGAGAAGGGGGCGGUUUUCAUUCUGGAUGAGGUUAUGACCUCGCGGUUGGCGCCGGGGGGGUUGGGGGUGGAGAUGGGGCUGGAGCCGGAUAUGGUGACGUUGGGGAAGUAUUUGGGUGGGGGGUUGGCGUUUGGCGCGUUUGGAGGGCGCGAGGAGGUCAUGCGUGUGUAUGACCCGCGCGUGCCGGGCAGUUUGCCGCACUCGGGUACGUUCAAUAACAAUACGCUGGUUAUGUCGGUUGGGAAGACGGCGUUGGGGGAGGUGUACACCCCGGAGGUGUGCGUCGAGUUCAAUGAGAAGGCGGAUAGGUUUAGGGAGAGGCUGGAGGGGGUAGCGAAAGGGUCGAGAUUGAGUUUUACGGGGAAGGGCUCGAUGAUCGGAUUGCAUUUCACUGAGGAUGGGACGGAAGAUAUUACGUGUGGGGAGGACGUGAAGGGAAAAACAACGCAGGAUUUGAAGGAUUUGUUUUGGUUUGAGAUGCUGGAGGCUGGGUUCUGGGUGACGAGGCGGGGGCUUAUUGCGCUGAUAUUGGGAACGCCGGACGAGGAUCUGGAUCAGUUUGUUGAGGCCGUAGGGGCUUUUCUGGAACGCCACAAGGCCAUUAUGAUGCUGUGA